AUGAAGCUUCAGUGGAGCCGUUCAAAAACGCCACCUCAGAAUGAGGAGGUUUCGUCAUUAGAAGGCAGUGGAGCUAAUUCUCAAUUGGAAACUUCCAAUGAUAACAUUAAAGAGAAUGCCACUCAAACGUUGACAUAUGGUGCAGACGAGCAAAAUGCCGGACCAUAUUCAACCUUUGUUGAUGGUGAAGCUGAUGGUGAAGACAAAAAAGAUUUUGAAGAUGGUUACGAUGAACAAUCGGUAUUCUCUGACGAAUAUGAUGAAGGUCUUUCGUGGUUUGUUAUCGUUUUGACUCUUGUUUCCUCUAUUUCAGGAUUCAUGUUUGGUUACGAUACAGGUUAUAUUUCUAGUGCAUUGACCUCAGUCAAACAAGAUCUUUCUAAUAAAACACUUUCUUAUGGUGAUAAGGAAAUUCUAACAGCAGCUACCUCUCUAGGUGCUUUCAUAUCGAGUCUUUUCGCCGGUAUUGUUGCUGAUAUUAUUGGUAGAAAACCCUCUAUUAUGGCAUCUAAUGUCAUGUUCCUCGUAGGAAUUGUGCUACAAGUUUGUGCUCAUAAGUACUGGCAAAUGGCUGCAGGUAGAUUAAUUAUGGGUUUUGGUGUUGGUGUUGGUUCUUUGGUAGCACCAUUAUUCAUCGGUGAAAUCGCUCCUAGUAUGAUUAGAGGUAGGUUAACGGUUAUCAACUCAUUGUGUGUAACUGGUGGCCAAUUAGUUGCAUAUGCUUGUGGUGCAGGUUUAACGCAUGUUAAUAACGGCUGGAGGGUUCUGGUUGGAUUGGCACUGAUCCCAGUGGCAUUACAAUUUGCAUUUUUCAUGUUUUUGCCAGAUACCCCCAGAUACUAUGUUAUGAAAAAUGAUGUUGAAUCUGCUAGAAAAGUUUUGAGAAGAACUUACCGUCGUGCACCAGACCGCGUUAUCGAUGCUAAGGUCAAAGAAUUGCAUGAAUUGAAUGAUGGUAUUGAUGGUAAGAAUGUUUUGGAUAAGGUUUGGAACAUGACUAAAGAAUUGCACGCUAAUCCCGCCAAUUUAAGAGCUUUAAUCAUCGCUUGCGGUCUCCAAGGUAUUCAACAAUUUACUGGUUUCAAUUCACUGAUGUAUUUCUCAGGAACUAUUUUUGAGACAGUGGGAUUCAACAAUUCUUCUGCAGUUUCUUUGAUUGUCUCUGGUACGAAUUUCGUCUUUACAGUGAUAGCCUUCUUCACCAUCGAUAAACUGGGACGUAGACCUAUCUUGUUGAUUGGUGUUCCAGGUAUGAUGGUAGCUUUAAUUAUCUGUGCUAUUUCAUUCCAUUUCAUUGGUAUUAAAUUCGAAGGCACAAGUGCUAUCGUAGAACAUAGUGGUUUCACCUCUUGGGGUAUUCUAAUCAUUGUAUUCAUCGUUGUGUAUGCUGCAUUCUACGCAUUGGGUAUUGGUACCGUUCCUUGGCAACAAUCUGAAUUGUUCCCUCAAAACGUUAGAGGGGUCGGUACUUCAUUAUCCACUGCAACUAAUUGGGCUGGUUCCUUAGUCAUUGCAGCUUGUUUCUUAACGAUGUUGCAAAAUAUUACACCAUCGGGUACAUUUGCCCUUUUCGCAGCUAUAGCAGCUGUGUCUUCGGUAUUUAUCUAUUUUUGCUACCCAGAAUUAUCAGGCUUGGAAUUGGAAGAAGUUCAAGAGGUCCUAAAGAAUGGAUUCGGUAUUAAAAAAUCAAAAGAAUUGGCCAAACACAGGAAAAAACAAGCAGCAGCUGCAAAGGCAGCUGCUCAGCAUAAAAUUCCUAGAAAUGAAAUUAUGGGUGAUUAA